AUGAAAGCCGUCGCAGCCGUCCUCCUCCUCGCCUCGGGCGUCGCCCAGGCCCACUACAUCCUGCAGAGCCUCGUCGUCGGCGGGAGGCCGACCGCGGACUGGCAGUACGUGCGCAAGACGGCCAACUUCCAGUCCAACGGCCCCGUCACCGACGUCGGCUCCCGGGCCAUGACCUGCUACCAGCUGAGCCCGGGCAGCGAGGGCGCCCAGACCAUCAACGUGACCGCCGGCGAGACCGUCGGCUACACGGCCAAGUCGUCCAUCACCCACCCGGGCCCCAUGUCCUUCUGGAUGGCCAAGGCGCCCGCGGGCCAGAGGGCGGCCGACAUGACGGGCGAGGGCGCCGUCUGGUUCAAGAUCUACCAGGACAAGCCCACCGUCGCCGGCAACGGGCUGGUCUGGCCCGCGCAAGGCAAAUCCGUCAUCAACGUCCAGAUCCCCAAGUGCAUCCCCAGCGGCGACUACCUGCUGCGCGCCGAGCACAUCGGGCUGCACAGCGCCAGCAGCGUCGGCGGCGCUCAGCUGUACAUCUCGUGCGCGCAGCUCUCCGUGUCCGGCGGGUCCGGCUCCGUCCCGAGCCAGCUCUACUCCAUCCCCGGCGCGUACAAGGCCACCGACCCCGGCCUCGUGGUCAAUAUCUACUACCCCGUGCCCACCAACUACCGCGCCCCCGGGCCCGCGCCGCUCACCUGUUAA